AAGGUAAGUGAUAGAGGGCACAUGGCAUGGUAUCUUUCCUAACCUCUAAAGUGUGAUACUACCUUCAUGUCAUAGGACGGUGACAACGAAUAGGAGACAGCUUGUCAGAGUGAAGUAAAAUGUAGACUAGCAUGUCCAGGGUAGUUGAGAAGAUUUUAUAAUAAUCCUGAAAAUGAAUGAAUUUUGGUGUUACGGUGAAGCUGUAUAACAGGUCCAGUAAGCUGAUAGUGGAUUUUGAAUCUGCUUUCAAGAAACAAUCGUGCCUUGGGUUUGUGCAUAUGUACUGUAUGUGGAUGGUGAUUUAGGUGUGGUUCCUGUUUAUUAGCAAAAUAACAUUUGUCCUUCCUUUCCAAACUUGUCAUACAUAGCCUUUGGAUUUUGGAUUUCAGAAACUUCUUUAUUGACUACACUACCUUUUGAUUGGUACAGUAGUAUCCAUCAGUAAACAUCUCCCUCCUGCUGUCAUACCAUAUUAUGAGAUUUGUUGAACAGUAUCAUUACAAUACUGUUAUGGGUAAUGGGUGUAGUUUUGCCGUCUGUAAUAUUUUUAUUUCCAAAAUGUUUGAUGACUGAAAACUGAUGUCAUUGAACUUGUCUGUUUUCUGGGGGAUGUGCCAUGUAGACUGGUAGAAGUUUACUAAGAUUUCAGAUAUGCUUACUUCCUCCAUCGUCAGGGUGGUGACGUGAGUCAUUUUCAUACUUGCCACCAUGAGAACCUGAAAUGUCACCUGUGGUAUCAUUGUCAGAAAUAGAACAUUCAUGUAAAACUCCUAUCACAUCCGGUUGUAAAGAUUAUGUGUUAUUCAUGAUAAGCUACAAAUGUUAUCUUUUCCAGAUAAGUUAAGUUUGAAGCUUAUCUUUAAACAGUAUAUGUACACAAGUUUGACAUCAGUAACUUUGUUGAUUGCGUCAAGAAGGAAGACUUUACCAGAACAAAGAUUAUUCUGGCGUUUGUAAAAUAAAUGUGUGUGUUUUUGGCCGUAUGUUAUUUUAUACAAAGUGCAUAAUAUGAACAUAUGAUGGGCAGGUCAUGUCUGUCCCCAUGUUUUAUCAUCAAAACUGCUGAUCUGAAAUUUUCUCAGAAACAACAAGAAUGUAACAUAAAUGACAGAUAGGUUGAAGAUGGGGUUGGCAGUGGCAGUAAUAUUCAUGAUGGCACUUGUAAUCCAUUCAAUAUGUGCACAAACUGUAGAUCUCCUUUGCACGGAACAAUUUUGUAUGGAACAAACAACGCAGUUCCCAUGCAAUGAAUUGCCAGAUGAAUGUAGCGACUCCAGUACAAUGAAUGGCAUCAUAUUGCCAGAUCCUUCACUUUGUAACUGCUGUGAUUAUUGUAUUGUCUACUUGGAAGAAGGGGAUGACUGUGUUCUUAAUGGUCAAGGACAGCCUGUACAUGAAGCAGUAUGUGGGCCAGGAUUAUGGUGCAUGAAGGAAAGUGACAGUGAUUCUGCUGCCUGUGUCCCACUUAUUUCAGAUUGUACAAAUGAACAAAGAGAUUAUGACCAGGCUAGAGAAAAUGGGUCAUUGGGGUUUACACGAGUGCGUCCUCUAUGCGAUGAGAGAGGGGAUUACCUGCCAGCUCAUUGCAUUGGUGGUUCAGUUUGUUACUGCGUAAAUCCUCAAGGAGAAAGGAUAUUUGGAGAACAAGUGUAUUCAGCCUCUAGCUUACGAGAGACCAUGACUUGCGAAUGUUCACUGGCAGCUUGGAAAGCUGAACAGCUUGCCACAGAAAUGGAAGUGUAUUUAGAACCAAUACAUUGCCUUGAGGAUGGAAGUUAUGACCCACUGCAAUGCAAUGAUGGCAUGUGUAGAUGUCUUCUGACAGGAUCAAAUAUACCCAGUGCUGACUAUCCUGUUCAUGAAAUUAACAUUAUGGAGGAUAACCCAGUGUGCUUUGACCAUCGGAUACAUCAGACUGGCAAGUACAAGCGAGAGUGUGAAGAAAAAGCAUCUAAAAUUAUGCAAGACAGAAUAAAUCUACUGUCUGAAGGCAUCUUCCCUGUGGGUCUGCGCUUACCAAAUUGCCAGUAUGAUGGCCGGUACAACAGAGUUAAAGUCACAGAUACAGAGAAGAUUUGUGUAGAUCCAGAUGGAAACAGCCUAGGAUACAGUGUACUGCGUAACAACACAUUAUCUAAUGGGAUGGACUGCAAUUGUGCAAGAACAAGUUUUUUAUUGAAGCAAGUAGGUGAGACAGAGUUGCCCAUUUGCUGUGACAAUGGAAAUUUUAGAAGAAUGCAGUGUCGCCGUGGUCUGUGUUAUUGUGUUGAUUGUAAUGGCAACCAGCUGGGAAUUGAAUUGGAUGAGGCAAUUAAGGACGAGCUGAAGUGUGAUGAUUCCUGUAGCAUAUGUGAGAAGCCAAAACAAGAAUUGAAAAAACAAAGCUCCAUAUUCAAAUGGAAUUCAUUAGAGAGUGAGGAAAUAUCCCUGUAUAACUUUUAAUUAAUUUUUAAAUGUGUUUUAUGACCUGAUUACAGGACUCUGUGGAUUUAGGCCAGAAUUUUCCAUCAUUUGUGCUUCUUCUGUUCUUGUUUUGUCUCCAACAUAUCUGCAUUUCACUGUCAUAUUUGAGCACUAGUUUAACUAAUAUAUUAUAUAAUUUCUAAUAUUGACUCCUUUACAUUACCAAAAUGUUUGUAAAUUAUUCCUUUAUAAUAAUUAAAGCAUCCUUAUUUAUACAUAA